ACCUUGGGUAUCCGCGAUUGAUCCUACCACCUGGACACUCGAACAUAUAUAAGCAUCGCGAUCCAAGAAAUCUGUACAAUUGCAUCUAAUCGCAGCUUAAUACAUUCAGAAAUCAUGAAAGUGUCAGUGCUUUGCUUACUCCUGGUCGUGGCGGUUGCCUAUGUCGCCGCUCGUCCUGAGGAAGAAAAAUACACCAAUAAAUUCGACAACGUCGAUGUAGAUCAAAUUCUUAACAGUGAUCGACUAUUGAACAACUAUUUCAAAUGUUUGAUGGACGAAGGACGAUGCACAGCUGAAGGCACUGAACUGAAGAAAGUCCUUCCUGAUGCCCUGGCCACCGAGUGCAAGAAAUGCACGGAAAAGCAAAGGGAAGUUACGAGAAAGGUCAUCAAAUACCUAGUGGACAACAAACCCGACUUAUGGCAGAAACUGAUUGACAAAUACGACCCGGAGAAGAUAUACAGAGUGAAAUUCGAAAAAGAAGCUAAGGAGAUUGGCGUUUCCGUUUAAACCCAAUGAAAAAAAUUCAAAGAAAUGUAAUUUUUCAUCGUCCAAUGGCAAUCAACGUUUUUAAUCGCUCUCUUAAUCAAACUAUAAUUAAAAAAAUACAACGAUGUGCAUAACAACCGAAGUGGUCGAGUGUGUAAUAACUGUUUCUAUUUUGAUUUUUUUGUUUUGAAAAUAAAGAUUUCGUCAAGUUCA